AUGUGCAGCCUUCUAGACGAUCCUAGUGAGUGGAAGUUGAGCGGUGGUACAACUAACGGUAACGACGUAGUAUGUUCGACUGGAAGAAAUUGGCACCAUCAAUUUCUAAAAAUUGAUUUUAAGAAAGUUGAAAUGAAACCAAAUAAUGAGAAAAUAUAUUCUGAUAGUCAAAAUAAAAACCAAAAACAAAGUCUAUUUUUAAAAUUUAUUUCUUUAGAAUUAUCCAUCUCUUUAAAUUAUUCUCGGUUCGAAGUUCUCAUUCCUUUAAAUCAGGUUCUUAAGUUUUAUUUAACUCAAAACCAAAACGUUCAUUUAGAAUUAAAAAAGAAUUUUACAAGAUAUUAUUAUCGCACCGAUAGAGGAACUCAUGUUUCAAUGCAAGCGGACCCUACAAACGGUAAAUUUCAAGAUGCACAUUCUUUUAUCUUUAUUCCAGCUGAUUGGGUUGAUAUCAACACCUUAAAGUUUUUCGUGGAGGGUGUUAACGAACUCCUCACACAUAAGGUACAUUCCAAUUCAAAUAAUCAUCGUUUCUCAGAUAUAAACUCUCUUGUCUACAUUGGAGAUGAAAAGGAUCAAAUCAAAUCGUUUCAAAACCUUUGUAACGAAAAUGAGUUGCAAAUGAGAUGUAACUUCUUGAGCGGAUCAAGAAUUCUUCGUGUUUUAAAAGAAACACCAUUCCAAGAAGUUCUUAAAAUGAUUCGAGAAUAUUUUAAUGUCGUUAUCGAUCCUAACGUAAUAACGUAUAAAAAUCAAACAAAAGACAUGAUUAAUAUAUUGGAUGAAGAAGAUUGGAAUGCUGCUAAAUGGGAGUUGAAAAUGGCAAAUCUUCAAACGAUUGAUUUAUACUUUUUUCCAAAAAUUUCUCAAACACAAAGGGCAAGUCCAACGCGGGAAACAUCACAAUUGGAAUCAAAGGUUCAUAAUUACGAAGCUUGA